AUGUCCGUCGACGGAAUCCCAUGGCAGCCCGGCCUGUGGAAGCGAGCGCCGUGGAGGACCAUCGUCUCGCUCGCCGCAUGGGCGGUGACGUGUGGGAUGAUUGCGCUGGUCCUCGCCAUGUCCGAGGGCAAAGAGACGAACCAGUGGCCAACGCACAACAAAUACUUCACCGUCCCGGUGCUGCUGUCCCUCAUGGGCGCCAUUGCGGUGCUGUUCCUGUCCGUCGCCAACGCCGAGGGCUUCGCCAUCUCGUGGUGGCUCAAGGCGCUCAAGGGGACCAAGAUCAAGGAGCUGCAUUACGAUCUCGAGGUCACCAGCAACAUCCUCAUCGGAUUCUACCGACCGAAGCUGUUCAACUGGGUGGCCGUGUCGUCGCUCAUCGCGCUGAUAGUGGGCCUCGCCGUCGGUGCCGUUCUCCAGAAGGCCUCGGAGACGGUCAGCAAGACGAUCGGGCCGUAUUCCGACAUCGUGGCCAUGCCCGUCCUCAACACGACUCUGCCGUCCAACUUCAGCGGUUGGGCAGGCGCCGGCACCACAACGUCGUUGCUAAUGCCGGAGUUUGCCAACGUCUACCGGCAAUACUCCAACCGCAGCAUCAUCACGAUGCCAUCGGGCUGUGUCAACAAGACCUGCCAGGUCCGCAUCCCUGGGCCCGGCUUCGAUGUCGCCUGUACAGAUAGCGAAGUCGACUAUGACUUUACGCAAUUGUCAGCCGCCAGAAAUAACAAGAUCACGACGUUUCGAACGAGUGUUGACUGGAACCCAGCGCAGAACGUGGGCUUCCUCGAUCACAUGAACAUCUCGGUUCUAUACAAGCCUACGCCUGCAUGCACUGGAAAGAUGAUCCAGCACAACUGCACUCUGCGGGCUGCUGCUGUCAACUACGACAUUACCAUCACCAACGGGAGCGUCACGCUGGCCCCUUCUGACCUGUCCACAAACAUGACCAUCAGCAUCACGCGAUUCAACGACUCGUCGCAGCUGAGCUCGGGCAGUGCCGGUGCAGGAGGAUUCCUGACCAUGUUCGGAGGAAUUGCUUCCGUUUUGCAGGCGCAGUAUAAUUCGAACACUACGCUCGCGCUUAUGGUCACGACGGUUACCCCCUACCUUGUCUCUGCAUUCGGACAGGCGGCGAGCACAUUCUCGACCUCGGAAAUUGGGGACUACGGCAACUGCACCAUGUCAUGGUCCGACCCCAGGGAAGACAUGAUCAACACCGUCCGCGAGAUCAUGUUCCGCAGCGCCCUUGCGGUUGCGAACCAGACUGGCGCGGCGCACAUCCAGUUCAAGCCGACGAGCGCCCUUGUCACGAGGAUCGGCAUAGUGUAUAACGCCCAUUGGAAGUUCUUUGCCAUCGCCGUUGGAUGCAUGUUCGUGCAGGUGCUCAUCAUCUUCUGGCUCAUCUGGGGCUGGCAGAAGCUGGGCAGAGAAGUCUCGCUGGAUCCAUUUGAGAUUGCAAAGGCCAUGGGAGCGCCACUGCUGACCCAUGGGUCGUCGAACAGCUCGGUGGACCAGAUCCUAGACCUGCUCGGCGGGAGGCGGGUCAAGUAUGGGGAGUUGGUGGACGGAGAACCAAAGAUCUCGGGAGAGCAAAUAUUCCCCAAGAAUGGCUACACGGAAGUCAACAGCAGCGAUCCUGAUGCUGCUGGGCUGGCAGCUCAGGGUACAGAUUUGAGUUUGAGAUCGAGAAAGACGUUGGCGAUUGAUGUGGUAGAGAGGGUCCAGGAGGUGAGACCCGGUGUUCCUUAUUGA